AUGUCCAAAAACACUGCCAACAAACCCGUCAUCGCCGUCGUAGGCGCAGGACCAGGAAUCGGUGAAGCAGUAGCCCACCGCUUCGCAGCAGAAGGCUUCGUCGUCGCUCUUCUCGCGCGAACAGAAGAAGCACUACAAACGAUGGCCCAGAACAUCAACAGCGACGUCGGCACCGGCACAGCCCACUACUACAUCACAGAUCUACGUAUCGAAGAUACCGUAACCUCAUCUUUCAAGCGCAUCCGCGAAGAGCUCGGUCCCGUCAACGUGCUCGUGUACAAUGCUGGCGCGCGCCGCGUAAACGGGCGCUCGCUCAUCGACACGACGACGGAGGAAUUCGAAAACUUCACCAAGAUCAAUCUCUUCGGCGCCUUCUGGGCCAGCAAGCUCGUCAUCCCGGAUAUGCUUGCCGCAGGCAAAGGCACUAUUCUCUUUACCAGCGCGACGGGCGCAUUGCGCGGAAUGCCGGGUUUGGCGUCCUUCUCCCCUGGCAAGUUCGGACUGCGCUCCUUGUGCCAGAUCAUAACGCGCGAGUACCAAGCUAAGGGGAUUCAUGCCGUGAAUAUCAUCGUGGAUGGACCGGUCGAUGGAAAGCUGAUUGGGGGCGUGAUGAAGAGGCAGUGGGAGCGCACGGGGCAGACUGACAAAGCGGCGGAUGUGGAAGCCCAUCUUGUUCAACCGAGGGAUCUGGCGCAUACGUAUUGGUUUUUGCAUACGCAGCCGAGAAGUACGUGGACGCAGGAAUUGGAUGUUAGGGCGAUGAAGGAGACGCUGUUCACGAAGCUGUAG